CGUGUUGGCCGCUCUCACGUUCCUCUCUGCUAUGACCAUCGUUUAGCUAACAUACAGAAGUAUUUGGUGUUUCAGCUACUUUUGGAGAACAUCAUGGCUGAUCAGAGCGAACGUGCUUUUCAAAAGCAGCCAACUAUUUUCUUAAAUCGCAAAAAAGGUUUAGGCCCUAAGCGCAGGAAACCUAUGAGAUACAGCCGCAAUGUUGGCUUGGGUUUCAAAACGCCACGCGAGGCUCUUGAAGGAACAUAUAUUGAUAAGAAAUGUCCCUUCACUGGUAAUGUCUCAAUUAGAGGAAGAAUUUUGACUGGAGUUGUCCAGAAAAUGAAAAUGCAGAGAACAAUAGUUAUACGUAGAGACUAUCUACAUUACAUAAGAAAAUAUAAUCGAUUUGAGAAGCGUCAUAGAAAUAUGAGUGUCCAUCUUAGUCCCUGCUUCAGGGAUGUUGAAAUUGGUGAUGUGGUUACCAUAGGAGAAUGUCGGCCAUUGAGCAAAACUGUGCGCUUUAAUGUAUUGAAAGUUUCUAAAGGAACUGGAUCUAAAAAAAGCUUCAAGAAAUUUUAAGUUUUUUUUUCAAUUAGAGUAUUAUUUUUGUUAUUUAUGCAUGUAAUUAAAUUAAAUAGAA